AUUCACCAAUACCUGGACGUCCAACAUACAUUGAGAUACAGUAGCCAUUGACCGACCUACUGCUAUAUCUACCGUCCAUCUGUCUCUCAAGUUGUUCACUCUGGCUCUCUUUUUUGAAGCGUAGCGUGGCUACCCUCCCCGUAUUCCUUCCCUUGUUAUGUCCUCCCCACCCCGAUCCCCCACUUCUCGUUCCAGACGAUACCCUCUACGACGGUCGCCCCCAGGUCAUCAUCAAGGUACAAGAGUUUUAUCCUCAGCCUUGAAGCGCGUAUCGAUACCUCAUCGUAAACCGGCUACACCAUUGUACGUCGCGUCCUCUCAUACCGAGGACGUGUUUCGACCCGUCCUCGUUCCACUUCAAGCCAACUUACGACGUCUAACCUCUCGCGUCCACCUGGUCGACAAAUUUGAACCAGAGAUGCAUACUCGUAUUGGAGGAAAGCGAAAACGCGUAGCGAGUACUUCAAAUGAGAAUUCUCAGACCAAUGGGUCAGGGAGGCAGGCCAGGACUGGACGCGCUCCUUUAAAGAGGUUCAGGUCUAGCAGUUAUACCAGUGAAGAGGAUUACACUUCCUCUAUGGACAUUGAUUCUGACCGCCCAUUGCGCUGGGGACGGUCACUAAGACCUAGGCAUCACAGCAGUAGUAUGGAGAUCGACUUGGAGGAUGAGGAUGAGGAUGAGGACGACGAUGAGGGCGAAAGCUGCCAGUCUGAAUCAGUGAAUGAGGAAGAUGGUUCUGACGAUGUUGCUCAGGGCGACGAGGACGAAAGUGAUGAAGACAAUACCGACGAGCACCUGCUCUCCUCUGCUCCCCUUCGUACCCUCACUCGUUUGCGUAAAGAAGAACUCAUUCGCCUAUACAACUUGGCUGGCUUAUCAGGCAACGAUGAUCCUGAGUCGUUGACCAAAUCACGGUUGGCUGAGGAUAUAAUUGCCGCCCGCGACGAUUUCGCAUCACUGCCUCCGUCAUCACCAUUAGGACGGGGCGCUGGCUUGUCAGAUUACUCCUCUGAAGGCGAAUGUGAAGUGGAAGAACCUGAAGAAGAGGUUCUUGGAGCUAAGUUUUUGAGAAGAAGGGCUACUACCAAUGAUAUCAGCCAUGGGCCUGGGCAUGUCAAGCGAAGUAGCGGCAACCCUAAACCAUUGAAGAACCGUAGCUUCUCAAUGGGUCAUAUAGACAACAAUGGGCCUGCUUAUGGCCAUCAGCGCUCCACGUCUUCUGGUACCCACUCGAGGCAACGGUCUGCGAACGGCGAGUGUAGUAGCAUUAACGUCACGCGCUCCAACCGUACCAGUUCUCGCUCCUCUCCGACCAACUCAUCCUCACACAAUGCUAGCUCCUCCACUCAUCAGACAUCGCCGCCCGCACACCAUUUGCGCUCACGUAAGAUCUCAGCGCCUACUUUGACACUGUCACACCAACAUUUGAAACAUGACUUGAACUGCAAACGUUCCAAAUCAAAGGAAAGUGGAGGUGGGAAAGGGAGGCGGAAGCAAGUAGAAUUCACCGAUGUGCCGUCUAAUGAUAUCAAAGAGGGCGAAGAGAGUGAUUUAACUGAGUUGGAGGAGCUAGAAGCACAAUUGAAGGCCCAACCGAGUCCGAGACGACUGCGUAGUAGGGACAAACUAUCAUCCAAAGAUAGUGGCUCCAAGGAGAGGAUCGACUCGAAGGGAAAGGAGAAAGCAAAUUCCUCGAGUUCGCAGUCUUCCCUUCCGCCUGUCGAGACCUUGGAAAACAGGAGGAUAACACCCAUGAGGAAGGCCAAGAGGCAAAUUCGGAGUUUGAAGGAAGACAGCGAGGGUGAUGUGGAAGAGGAGGUUGAAGAGGUCGAAGAUGAAGGUGAAGAGAUUGCGGAAGAAGAGGUUGAAGAGGGAGACGAAGAGGGAGACGAAGAGGGAGGCGAGGAAGGUGGAGAAAUUGUAGAAGAAGAGUUUGAAGACGAAGACGAAGGGCGAGACGAGGAAGGUGAAGAGAUUGCGGAAGAAGAGGAAGUGGAUGAACUCGUUUCUACUGGUACUGCUACUCCACCACCUCAUGCUCGACGAGUCAAUGACUUGACUCGAAGGACGCCUCUCAGGAAGCGACUACGGCCGAGGAACAAGAUUGAUCCCAGUGACGGAGACGACGAGCAAGAAGACAUGGAGGUGGGAGAGGAAGACGAGGAAGAAACCGAUGUCGAGGAGGCAAGUGAGGAACAAGAUGACGCUGACGCUGAAUCCACUGCAUCCACCUUGGUAACUCCCAAGAAACUAAGAAGUGGAAAGAUUAUCGGAGAGGAAGAAGACGGUGAUGACGUUGAAAUGGAUGUGGAUGAUGAGGACGAGGCUGAGGCUGAGGAGGAAGCUGAGGAGGAUGGUGCGGACGGAGAAGAAGAAGAGGGUGAUUCUGAAGACGCCGAGGGUGAAACCGAUGAGGAAGUUGUGAUGGAUCAAGAAGAAGAUGUUGACCUCACCGUUGCUACAGCCAAAACCCUAGUCCGCCUUCGACGAGCCGAUCUUGUUCGCCUUUGCGAAUCCCGUUCGCUAGAGCCCGUCGGAACAAAGGCCCAGAUUGCUGAGGCCCUUCUUCAGUGGCGAGAUCGACAGCAGAGUGACUUUUCUUCUCCAUCGUCCACUGGCACAGUUCGUCCUCCAUCAACCGUCAGACGCCGUCGUCAUAGGAAGAAUGCUAGUACCCCAGUGCUUCUACGCUCUCCAAAUGAUCGUGUUCACUUAGAUGAACCUCGAACGCCCCCAGUCACUGAACAAGAUAAGGACUUGGAGCUAGAUUUGGGGGAACUAGGUUUGGAGGAUAGAGAAAUCCCCCCUGAAAAGCUGCAGAAACUAGAGAAGAUCGGAAGUGGAGGAUUCAAAGACGUCUUCAUCGGCAAGUUCAAGGGUCGCAAAGUUGCUAUUUCGGAGUUUAGAGGACAACUCAGCGCCAUGGAUAUCAAAGAAUUGAAGCUUCUCGGGGGUUUCGAUCAUCCAAACAUUGUCCGCUUUCUUGGUGUUAGUAUACCGGAAAACACGCGAGAGACACCUGUCAUGAUCGUCAGUGAGCUAUGUACAAAUGGCGAUCUAUUCGAUUAUAUCCGUAAUGUUAAUCCGCCAACGUUACACAAAGUGCUCUCCAUUAUGCUCGAUAUCGCACGGGGCCUCGAGCACCUGCAUAUGCGAAAACCUUCUGUCAUUCAUCGCGACUGUAAAUCGUCUAACAUUCUCAUUACCUCGAAAGGCACUGCGAAGAUAGCCGACUUCGGUUUGGCAAAGGUGAAGCAGAGCACAAGGUCCAUGGUAAGAAGUUUAGUGGGAACUGUGAAUUGGCAAGCGCCCGAGCUUUGGCAUGCACACCCAAAAUAUAAUCACAAGGUGGAUGUGUUCAGUUGCGCAUGCGUGUAUUGGGAGAUUCUUCAGUGGCACAUGAAGGAGAAGAAGUUCCCCUGGGAAGGGAUGAAUGAGCAUGCUAUCUACGAAAUCGUUGGCUCGAAGCGGCAGCGACCCUCAUUGACGGGUUCAAAAAAACAAUGGUGUCCAGAGAUUGUCGACCUUAUAGAGAGGAUGUGGGCUCACGAACAUCAGGAUCGUCCAACCAUGUCUGAGGUCGUCGAAGCUCUAGAGGAUAUGUUGAAAUUUUAUUAAUGCAGGAUUGUGUAAUCUAUGGCCUUAUGCGCUAUGAUUGCAGUUUAUCAAUGCAUCUACAGUCAAGUUUACUUUUCCUUUCCGCUCAGGUCAUUAUCUGUUACAUAGUCAACAACCAACCCAACCUGUAUUCUAUAAACUACAUCGCAAAUUAUCAGUCACAUUAUACAUCUUUGUAUAUCAACUAUUAUAACUGUAAAACCAUCUAG